UUUAUAAACAAUAGAUUCCCCAUCUACGCAAAAAAUGGAGCGGUAUGAUGAGUCGAGUGACAGGAAGAGUAUCUGAGCUGCCUAUGAGAGUACAGGACAGCAACAGGAUGAGUAAUGUGUACACAACGCCCCAGAGUAAACAACCUUCUUUUGGGAAGCUCAACAUACCCAAACCACAAUCUGUGACCUCCGAGAGGCGGACCAGCUUCUUUGGUGGCCGCAGGACUAGUGGAGCCAGCAUGCCUCGCAACAGCAUCAUGUCGGGGUUUGGAGGAACUGAGAAGAUCAAAGAUGCCAGACCUCUGCAUGAUAAAUCCUACGUUCAGCAGUGUAUCAGACAGCUGCACGAGUUCUUAACCGAGCAGGGUUACCCAGGCACCCUGGCAGCCAAGACCCUCCAGUCCCCCUCAACUAAGGAGUUUGUGAAGAUGUUUGAGUUCGUCUAUCGCCAGCUCGACCCGACCUUUGAAAUGACAAACUCCAAAGUUGAGGAGGAGGUUCCAGCUAUCCUGAAAGCCCUCAGGUAUCCAUUUGUUCUCUCCAAGUGUUCAAUGUAUUCUGUUGGAGCUCCACACACCUGGCCUCAGGCCCUCGGCGCUCUCAUGUGGCUAAUCGAUAACGUGAAGAUAAACUGGAGUUUGAGUCGUCAGGAGCUGCUGUUCAGUGACUUUGGAGAAGACUCUGACAACAUAGAAGAAGGGGCCGACUAUAACAAGCUCUUCCUGGAUUACACAGCCGAGACGUACUCUAAAUUCAUGCACGGCGACGACACAUUCCAGGACGAGGACGAGACUUUCCUCAAUAAACUAAAGAAACUUUACAACGUCGACGAGGCGGUGCUGAUGUCGAUGGAGGAGAAGCACAGAAUACUGAGCGAGGAGCUUGAACAGCUGGAGAAGGAGAGCCAGACGGACCGGCUGAUGACCAAGAGGAUGGAGAGGAUGAAGCUGCAGGUGGAUCUCAAGAAGCUCCAGAGUUAUCGAAGCAGCCUGGAGACCUUUCAAGGCAACCUGGAGAACAAAGAUUCAGAACUGAAAGAUGAACUGGAGACCACCGUCAGUCACCUGGAGUCUCUGAAACACGAGCAAGAUGAGCUGCAACACCGCCUGCAGAACCAGAAGUUCACUCCAGCAGAUGUAGAGAGAAUCAACCGAGAGAAGAGAGAGCUUCAACAAACCAUCUCCAGUCUCAGCAAGUCGCUGGAAGAUGCUGAACAGCACAAGUGGAACGAGGAGAUUGCUCUGGCCAAAGUCAAAGAGAAGGCCGAGCUGAAGCUAACUGAGUACCACAAGCUGGCUCGUAAACUGAAGCUGAUUCCACUGACUGCAGAGAACGCCUGCGGGCACGACUUUGAGAUCAGGCCGUUUGAAUGUGGACCCGGCAGCAUGGUUCAGCACAAAACACAGAUACAGAUGCUCCUGAGAAAGCUGGUGAGUGACGUGGAGGAGGAGAACAGCCGGUUAACCAACAUGAAACUCAGUCUGGAUGAGUCUAGUGAACAGGUGAAUUCAAACAUCAUGGACAAAUCCAAUGACCUGAAACUGCUCAGAGAGCAAAUUCGCAAGUUGGAUGAGCGGUUGGAUUCUGACAUGCAGGAGCUGGCCAGAGAGGAACAGGAAUGGGCCGAGGAGAUGGAGUCGGUGGAGAACCACCGUAAGCUUCUGGAGAAGAAGGUUACUUUUGGUUACGAUGAGUCGGUGCAGCAACUGAAAACAGCACAACAACAGUACCACCUGGUUCUGCAGGAGACCAACGAGGAGAGAAGAACGGUUGCCAACAACCUCGCAUCUCUUUGUACCAUUGCAGCAGACCACCUGUCGAUUUCAGAGAAAUGUCUGGAGGAUCUGCACAGCCGAGUGCAGCGCGUCUGCUCCAAAGCCGUAGAGGAGGACGAGGCUGCGGUGCAGAAGUUGCGGGAAACCCUGAAAACCUUCAUGUUGAAGGCAAACACUUUGUAAGUACCUGUCCAGUUUCUAACAGAGCGGGGUUACCAUGGCGACCCCGGCAGCCUAGACCUUCCAGUCUCCCUCUAACCAAGGAGUUUGUGAAGAUGUGUGUUUUUGUUCCUGUUCUUUAUUUGUUCUUAACAUUAAAUUAAAAACAGUGUUUGCAUAAAGAUGGAAGUUAAGACGUCUUCAUGCAUGUUCAUUUUGAUAUUGUGACUUUUCAGAAUCCUGAUUUUUAAAGAUUUUGUGUCUUGUGUCAUUUUUUUCAACACUUUCACUAUUGUAUUAAUAAACAUUCAAAAAGCCAAAUAAAAAUACUUCAUAACCCUUUAA